GGUCUCAUUGCGAAGAUGAAGCUGCUCCUGGCCCUGGCAGGCGUCCUAGCUGCACUCAUCCUGGCCCAGCUCUGUGAGGGCACUGCCCCAGCCUCCCCCAGGGCAGUGGAGACCUCGGUCCUUCGGGGCUGCAUAACAGAGGCCAAGUUGCUGGUGGAUGCGGCCUACAAUCAGACUCAGAGGAGCAUGAAGCAGCGCCUUCGCAGUGGAUUGGCCAGCCCCAUGGACCUGCUCUCCUACUUCAAACGACCAGCAGCGGCCACCAGGACAGUCGUUCGGGCUGCCGAUUAUAUGCAUGUGGCCUUGGGGCUGCUGGAGGAGAAGUUACAACUCCAGGGGUCCAGAUCCUUCAAUGUCACUGAUGUGCUAACAGAACCCCAGCUGCGGCUGCUGUCCCAGGCCACUGGCUGUGCUCUCCAGGACCAGGCCGAGAAGUGCAGUAACAAAUAUCGCACCAUCACCGGGAGAUGCAACAACAAGAAGAGACCCUGGCUGGGGGCCUCCAAUCAGCCCCUGGCUCGCUGGCUGCCAGCUGAGUAUGAGGAUAGGCUGUCGCUCCCCUUCGGCUGGACCCCCGGCAAGAAGCGCAAUGGCUUCCACCUCCCUCUUGUCCGGGACGUCUCCAACCAGAUCGUGCGCUUCCCCAGUGAGAGGCUGACCUCCGACAGGGGCCGGGCCCUCAUGUUCAUGCAGUGGGGCCAGUUCAUUGACCACGACUUGGACUUCUCCCCUGAGUCCCCAGCCAGAGUGGCCUUCACUGCGGGCGUCGACUGUGAGAAGACCUGCGCCCAGCUGCCCCCCUGCUUCCCCAUCAAGAUCCCACGCAAUGACCCUCGCAUCAAGAACCAGAGUGACUGUAUCCCUUUCUUCCGCUCGGCACCCGCAUGCCCCCAAAACAAGAACAAAGUCCGAAACCAGAUCAACGCUCUCACCUCCUUUGUGGAUGCCAGCAUGGUGUACGGCAGCGAGGUCUCCCUUGCCCAGCGGCUCCGCAACCAGACCAACUACUUCGGGCUGCUGGCUGUCAACCAACAGUUCCGUGACAAUGGCCGGGACCUGCUGCCCUUCGACAAUAUGCGCAACGACCCCUGUCGCCUCACCAACCGCAAUGCGCGCAUCCCCUGUUUCUUGGCAGGUGACUCCCGAUCAACUGAAACCCCCAAACUGGCAGCGCUGCACACUCUCUUUAUGCGAGAGCACAACCGGCUGGCUACCGAGCUGAGACGCCUGAAUCCCCGGUGGACCGGGGACAAGCUGUACCAGGAGGCUCGGAAGAUCGUGGGGGCCAUGGUCCAGAUCAUCACCUACCGAGACUUUCUGCCCCUGGUUCUGGGCAAGGCCCGGGCCAGGAAAACCCUGGGGCCCUAUCGGGGGUACUGCUCCAACGUGGACCCCCGUGUGGCCAAUGUUUUCACCCUGGCCUUCCGCUUUGGCCACACCAUGCUCCAGCCCUUCAUGUUCCGCUUGGACAGCCAGUACCGGGCCUCAGCACCCAACUCGCGUGUCCCGCUUAGCUCUGCCUUCUUUGCCAGCUGGCGAAUCGUGCAUGAAGGUGGCAUCGACCCCAUCCUCCGAGGCCUCAUGGCUACCCCUGCCAAGCUGAACCGCCAAGAUUCCAUGUUAGUGGAUGAACUCCGGGAGAGGCUGUUUCGGCAAGUGAGAAGAAUCGGGCUGGACCUGGCAGCUCUCAACAUGCAACGCAGCCGGGACCAUGGCCUCCCAGGGUACAAUGCCUGGAGGCGCUUCUGCAGGCUCUCCCAGCCCCGGAAUCUGGCUCAGCUUAGCCGGGUGCUGAAAAACCAGGCUUUGGCAAGGAAGUUCCUGAAUCUGUAUGGGACACCUGACAACAUUGACAUCUGGGUUGGGGCCAUCGCAGAACCUCUUCUGCCAGGGGCCCGAGUGGGGCCUCUUCUGGCUUGUCUCUUUGAGAACCAGUUCAGAAGAGCCCGAGAUGGGGACAGGUUCUGGUGGCAGAAACGGGGUGUUUUCACCAAGAGACAGCGCAAGGCCCUGAGACGGGUUUCCUUGUCUCGAAUUGUGUGUGACAAUACUGGGAUCACCACCGUUUCGAGGCACAUCUUCAAGGCCAACACCCACCCCCGGGGCUUUGUGAGCUGCAGGAGCAUCCCCAAGUUGGACCUGUCAGCCUGGCGAGGCAAAUGAGGCUCAGCAGGUAAGAGGAGGCCCUCCUUCCACAGCCCUGGGCCGGGUCGGGCCCUCACAUCCCUCCCUGCAGGGGACAGCUGACUCCUUUCAGGCCUCUAAGCAGAGACAACAGAAUUUGUCACUAGGGACAGGGAACUCUUUCCUAGUGGCUUUCCUGUAUGCUAGCUUCUGGGCUGAUAGUUAAUCCCGGGGCCUAGGCCUUUGGGGGGGACAAUUAAGAAGUGCCAAACUAACCUCAGCUUAGUCAUCAACACCCUAAAACAGCCCCAUUUCUUGAUACCCAGCAAGUUCCUCACUUGCCCACUUCUCCUGCUUCCACAGGAGUCCACGCCAAGCCUCCAAUCUUGGAGACAAUGGGACCUACAGAAGACCACAAGCCCACCUUCUCCCCCAUAUCUUGCUGACGCUUUUGCUGGCUACAGAAAGCUGGUUCUUUGGCUGGGAGUGACAGCUGGUGCUCCCAGCAGCAAGGAAUCCUCCCGCCUUGGGAGCUUCUUAGCUAUUAGGUCAUGCAUCAGCUCCAGGUGUAAGGACUUGUGAGCCAAGCAAGGCGGUCUAGAGGCCCUCAUCUGAGAAUAGUCAUCUGGAGGGUUUCCAGCCCCUGUCUCCUAUUUCCCAGCUUGUCCCCGACCCCUGCCCAUGACUGGGAGGCCACAUAGUCCCAGCCUCUAGCCACCUCACAAUCUUUCUCUGGAGCCUGCAGGCUGGGAAGCACACUCUGCUUCUACCAAUAAAGCACUGCUAAGGGCACACACUGGUUUUUGCACUGGGCUGGGGAGGGCAUGACCCUAGUCCCGUGCUUUGUUCCAGAUGUUUAAGAGGAGGGCUGCCAAGACACAGCUGGCACUAACCUCUAAGCC